AUGAAGAAAAGAACAUGGUCUAUCGUUGUUUCGCUAGCAAACACAUGGAGCACGCCGGCAGUCGCUGCUAAUGUCAACAUCACCGCGGAGCAUGCGGCCGAGGCUGCAGCAAGCGCGAUAAAGGCAUCUGUAACAAUCAGUACCGCCUCUAGAAACAUCCCUGGUAUGCCUACCGACUUAGCAGAUGCUCGCGCUGCUAUAUCGGCCGGAGAUUAUACCUCUCGCGUGCAUCACCAGCCAAGAUUUCAAUGUCCUCGGAGCUGUCGCGAGGCGGGUAGCAACGCCACCGCUUGGUACAACUAUGGCAUUAGCGAUUUGGACCAUCUCAAGGCAUGCGCCUCUCUAUCUUGUCUAGCAAACAAUGUAACCCAAGUCGAGAUCACAUCCUCGGUAGAGUUGGCCUCUUCAGGUGGUUCCUCGGCCUCAAUUCAGGACACCAUCUUGGCUCUAAGCCAACUAGGUGCUCUGUCUACUACUUCAACGUUCGGGUGCAACGAGACUGUCAAGUUCGCCUACUCAGGCGACGUGGUCGCUGGAAUAUAUGUGGGUUCCGGACUUGCAAACCAAGGGCCUCUCGCCAGUGUACUCGACGCACUCAAGGCGCAAAUUACCAGCGAUGACAGCGUCGCAGAGAAUCUCUUGGUGCAACUCUGUACUAACUAUACUUCGAGAUACUCAAUGGGCGUGGCUAUAAGCACAAAGUAUAGUGACUUUGGUUCGGUCCAACGUCAACUUCAGUCGUGGAAGAACAGCACUUGCGUCACGGACAUGCAACAUCGAAACCCAAAAUGGCACGAAGUCAACUACUAUGCACCCACGCUCUACAGCAACCCAUCCACCCCCAACGUCACAAUGAGCAACCAGACAACGCCAUUACUAAGAAAGUCAACCGAUGUUCUGGAGGCUCGUGCCGAUUGUCGCACAAUCCAGGUUCAAGAAAAGGACACGUGCGCCUCUCUUGCUGCCGAAUGUGGUAUUUUAGCCUCAGACUUCACAAAGUACAAUCCUAGCUCAAGUCUCUGCUCAGGUCUCAAGCCCGGUCAGCAUGUUUGUUGCAGUUCGGGAACUCUCCCAGACUUCACGCCCAAGCCUGGCGCGGAUGGUUACUGCGCCACCUACCUCGUGAGGACGGGCGACUCGUGUGCAUCCAUUGGAGCUGCUAACGAUCUUACAAACGACCAAAUAGAAAGCUUCAAUAAGAAGACCUGGGGUUGGAAUGGCUGCCAGAAGCUCUUCGCUGACUACAAUAUAUGCUUGAGCACUGGGUAUCCCCCAAUGCCUGCUCCGGUCCCCAACGCUGUCUGUGGACCUCAACGGCCAAAUACUACCAAGGCACCAGCCGGAACUGACUUCACCACAUUGAGUACGUGUGCGCUCAAUGCAUGCUGCAACAUUUGGGGCCAAUGCGGAACAACGAGUGACUUUUGCGUGCCCUCCAAUUCCAGCACUGGAGCCCCGGGAACUGCAGCGCCCGGCUCCAACGGCUGUAUCUCGAACUGUGGAACACAAAUCGUAACUUCAACUGCUCCUGGCGCACGCUACAAAAUCGCCUACUUUGAAGCGUUCAACUGGCAGCGGCCCGGUCUGCGCAUGCCAGUCAACAACAUCGAUACCUCAGUCUACACACACGUGCACUUCUCAUUCAUCACUCUAAACAAGGACUUGUCAGUGAACUCAUCCGACGUCGCGGACCAACUGCCGCUCUUGAGAGGCAUGUCGGGUAUCAAGAAGAUUGUAUCAGUCGGAGGCUGGACAUUUUCCACAGAUCCAAGCACCUACACCAUCUUUCGAGACGCCGUCACCUCCUCAGCAAAUCGACAAACACUCAUCAAAAACGUCGAAGAGUCAAUCGGCUAUUUCCUGCUUCUGGACGAGCUCAAGCAGGCUAUGCCUGCAGGAAAGACCGUCUCAAUUACUGCACCUGCUUCCUACUGGUACCUCCAGUAUUUCCCUAUUCAAGCUUUGAGUCUUGUUGUUGAUUAUAUUUGGGAUUAUACUAAUAAGUACGCUACGCCUGGUUGCCCAUCUUACGACGCAGGGUUAGGCAAUUGCUUGCGAUCGCACGUGAACCUCACCGAGACCAUCAAUUCAUUGUCUAUGAUCACCAAAGCCGGUGUGCCUUCCAACAUGGUGAUCGUGGGCGUUAGUAGCUACGGAAGGUCAUUCCAAAUGAGUACUGCAGGCUGUUGGCAGGAGCAGUGUACCUUCACCGGGCCGGACUCCGGUGCAUACAAAGGACGAUACACCGACACAGCGGGGUACAUCUCGAACUUCGAGAUCGAUGAGAUCGUCAAGCAAAAUCCUUCCGCCAAAAAAUACUGGGACGCAAGUUCAUACUCGAAUAUAGUUGUCUUCAACGGCACACAAUGGGUCGCUUACAUGGAUGACAACAACAAAGCGACGCGAACUGCUCUCUACCCAGGCUUAAAUUUCUUGGGCGAUGCCGAUUGGGCAGUGGACUUACAAUCAGAGAAUGGUGGGAACGCGUCGAACGGUGACUCCUCAGGCCACACGAUGUAUGUGGACCCCAAUAUCUGGGCUUCUGCGACGAAGAUCGUUACGGCGAGCCCAGGCGUGACGCUUAUUUGGCCGCCGAAACCUUUGGCAACUCCGACGGUCAUUAUCUUCCCUCUGUGGACUACGGAAGUCACUUACUCUAGUCUUACAACUAAGAGUACUACUCUUGAUGAUGGAUCUACGUCGACUUACCCAUGGUAUAUAUAUGUAACAUGGGAGACAGUUCUUACGAUCCCUCCAGUGACUACUACUGCCAUCGAUGUCUGGCCCAUAAUCAUCCCUAAGUCAGGUCAGACCACCGGUGAUAUCAUCCUAACCAGUUCAGUUCAGCCCCCGCCGUUCACGAUCACAAUAACCCCAACCGUCAGCGGGACAACUUCUAUCAUUGGCGCAUCAGAGACCACCACCAGUUCGGGCGGCAUCAUCGUUUGGGGCUCCAUUACCUACCAUGGACGUACAGAAACAUAUACACACGGAUCUUCGACAACCGUUAUAGGCGGUAUCGUCCUCCCUCCAAGAGUGACGACUGUCAUACCGAACCCGCACCCAACCACUGUUCCCACAACAACAGACCCCAUCAUCAAUCCCGGCCCAACACCGCCAAAAUGGACAUCCGGCAAGCCGCCUGGACCAAGCAGCGAACCUGGCUGCAAAGGCUGCGGCAAGCCUUGCGUACUAUUUUGUGACCCACAGUGUCCAUGGUGUCCUCCCGGUGUCUUCCCCGGCAGUGGCCCUGGUGGUGGCUCUCCAGGAGACCCAAAUGAUCCGGAUCGCUCUAAGUCGUCGUCUGACCCAUCAGCCACAGCCACAGGGACCGUGCUAUUCGACGAAAUGUUCGACGACACUUGGUCAUCAGGUUUCGCGGACCCAUCCGCUGUGUCGUCAUUCUACUCGUCCAUGUAUCCACCUCCAAGCUCUACACCUCCGCCAACACCGACGUCUACUCCUUCGCCCCCCACUCCGCCCCCAUCGCCUGCCGCAAAAUGCACCUUCUGCGACGAUGGUUUCUUCUAUCUCUUCGAGGUCUACGGCAUUCAAUUAAUCAAGGAGGAUGACCUCCAUAGGGAAGAAAACGGAUGCGGUGCGCUAACCGGAUGGGACUGGCAUAAUGCGGAUUCGUCUAACGCUGCAUAUGUGUACUUCAAUCUUCCGUUUUUGAUCAAGGCAGGGUGCGUCGAGCGUGCGAUCGUGUCUGCGGGUGGACCAAAGGUUUCUUGUGAUCCAGGCGGUAUUUGCGGUCUUGGUAAGAAGAAGGCUUACGCACCUGCGAUGCCGGUGUAUAGGGAAGAGGAAAUGGAGGAGUUUAAGAUGAGCUACGGGAAUAACAGUACGCAUGAGGAUUACCAGCCAGAAAUUUGGAGCAGGAAGUAG